AUGGUUGUGGAUGUUCAUGUGAUAGUGAGAGAUGUCACGAUUUUGGAUGCUAAGCGAAGUGUAAAAAUUAGACUAUGGAAUACUGAGCCCGAGCCCGAACUCGAGCCCGACGCGCCGCCGCCGCCGCCGCAGCCGGCUCCGUCGUCUCCGCCCUCGCCCGCGACGGCGCUCGUCCUGCAACAGCAGCGACUUCAGUCGGCGGCGCCUGCCAGCAGCGUGGGGCCCGAAGAGACAUCGUUUGACAGAGCUCCUUCAAUAGACAGUAAAGCAACAAUGUCUGCUUUAACCAUGGACCCUGGCUCCCAUGACAGGAACAUGAUGGAUCCACCUGAUGAAAUGAUGCGCUCCCAUCAGGCAAUACAGGAGUCGGUUGCUUCUUCACUCGGCAAGAGACUGUCCAUGCAUAGCACUAUAAAUGGAAAUGCAAUUGGGAGCAGUGAUGGGGAUAUGAAUAAACCUUAUGGGAUGAAUCAUACAAACAAAGAAUCCUCCACUAGUGUAUUGCCAAAAAAACGUAAAUUUAAUCCUUCUAUUUUAGAAGAGAUUGAGAAGAGUAAUGCUGCACAAGUACAAUUGCAUACACAAACUGCAAAUAGCUACAGUCUCCCUGUCAGUACAAAUCCUCCGUCCUCCAUACAGAGUGUUGUGGUUGCUCCACCACAGUCCACCGCUGUUGAUUAUUCAUUUGUCAGUACUAAGCCUUCGGUGCCAGAAAUUCGUGUUCAGCAACAUGUAAAUCACUUACAUUCACAUCAUCAACGAAGUUCAACAUCUGUAGGCACAGUUGUAGAUCUAGUGGUGGAAGAACAUACUCGGCCACCUGAAAAUGUUUCAUCGCAUGUGGAUUCCCAUGGGCAGUCCUUGAUGCCCAUGGAUGGCAAUAGCCUUGUAAGUGGUUCUAGGAAGCAACUACGAGCAGAUAUAGAAUUAGAAGAGUGGCUGGACCAUCGUGUUUUAGCUAAACAAGAAAAAGUUUACCUUCCUGGUAUUAUUCGCCAAGCUUUACCUUCUGGAGAUGUGUGUGUUGAAUUUGAUUGUCGUGAGGGAGAAUUAGUUGUUUUCAAAGAUGUUCUAGGAUCUGGAAAGUAUGAUGUAAUAGGUGAUGCAAGCCCUUCAAUGGGACAAGUUAUGUUAGGUGCAAGAGUGUGUGUUCGCAUAGCAGACUCACCAGUAAACCAUCAUGCAUCUUCAAGAGUAUACUUUGAAGGAUUUGUCGACAAAAUCCUCACAAACCCAGUGCAGUUUGUUGUGAAACUAACCAGUCAUCAAAGUGAACCUCACAUAGUGAAACGGGCUGAUUUGCGCCUUCUUCAGCCACCAUGGUGGGAUGAACUGGAAGCUUUAGAUGUGAUUCCUUCGCACAUUGUUACCAAUAGCACUGCCAAUGGGCAUACAGGGUAUUCAGCUCCAACCAUACCAGUGCCUACUCAAACGACCGUUCUUCAUUCCCAUCAGAGAUCCACGCCUCAGGCGUUGCCCCUUCAGGUACCUCAUAUGGUACCUUCUGUGCAGCCAGGGGAAGCUGGUGGAUACUACCGCACCACCAGCACCUCUCCUUUGCUUACUACACCUGUCAGUACUCAUUCUGCUAGCACAAAUCUUUCUAAUGGUGUAGAGAGACCUGGUGUUUAUGACAAUGCAGAUUUUGAAAGCGAUGAUGAUCUUGGAAGAGAAGACAUUCUUUUCACAUCAGAUCCUGAUGCAAAAUUGUCAGGCAGCAGUAAACGAAGCAGUAUGCAGAGUCGUGGGAGCACUUGCAGCUUGGUUGAGCAGCGAAGUAUUACACCUCGCUCUCAGCCUGCCACUCCAAGAUCUCAAGCAGCCACCCCUCACAAAUAUAAAAAAGGAGAUGUUGUGUCAACUCCUAGUGGAAUUCGUAAGAAAUUCAAUGGCAAACAGUGGCGCAGGCUGUGCUCAAAGGAUGGUUGUACAAAGGAAUCCCAGAGACGAGGCUACUGCUCUCGACAUCUUAAUCUCAAAGGAAGUAGUCUACGGGCAGGUCCUGCAAAUUUUCCAAGUCGUGGAAGAGGCAGGGAUAUUGAUGGAGAAGAAACUUCUCGUGAUUCAGACACUUCUCCUAAUUAUGGGGAUCGACGUAUAACGGGUCGUUUUGAUCCUGAAGAAACGGAAGCAGCAAAUAUGUUAGUUUCUUUGGGGAGCUCUCGGUCAGCUACGCCUGCAUUUUCUUCUCCAACUGGACAAGCAACUUCACCCUGUGUACUGCAGUCUCCCAUAACGGUUGGCCCAUAUCAGAAUGUCUUUAUGCCAAUCAAUAGUCCGGCAGCACCUAGCCAAGUGCCUCUGGCAGCUGCCGCUGCCGCUGCGGCUCGUGCAACAAACCUUGUAUCACCCAGUCAUAAGUGGAGUAAGCAAUCAUCUCCUGUUCCUCCACAUUUCAUGGUUGCACAGUAUCAGCCACAAUCAGUUGUUAGACCCAGCCUUUUGCGGCCUGCACAGGUAUCUGUGCAAGCUUCUCCUCCCAACUCUGUGACUGGUACAGGAGGUGCUCCACCCAUGGUUGUACCUCCUGCAGGAAUGCAUACUAGUGUUAUUCGUAUUUCACCAAGUCCAGUAAGAGGCACUUCAUUAGCUCCAAUUCAGCACCCGGGGGCUGUUCCUCAGCAUACAACCUGGAGAGUGGAAUGCCCUGUUACCACGUCUUAUGCUGACACUAUUCCUCCUCCUGCCCCAGCUCCUAUCCCUGCAUCUGUAUCUAAUGCAUUUCCACCCACGGUCGUCACUUCUGCAGUGCAAGCUCAGCAGAGUAUAAUUUUACAACAAGCUUUAACUACAGGUCUGCCUUUGGAGAAUGAGUGUGUCCCUCAUAGAACUUUACUGAAGGCACCUCCAUCUGUCCAACCGAGUCUUGCCCUCAUGCCUAUCACAAAGACUGAGCCUGUGGAUUGCUCAGCCAAUAGCAGUACAUUGUAUUGUGUUGUACCCCAACAGCAAGACAAGAAAUAUGUUGUUCUUCCUCCAGUCAUAACAGAAGCUGAAACAGAUAAAUUUCCUGCAACAAUCAUGCAAGUGAAUCAUAUCCAGCCAUCCACAGUACUUGUGGAUAAAUCAUCAGUUGUACAGCAAACCAAUAAAGUGGGGACACAUAAUGUAGAUGUUGGAGUGUCUUCUGCUGAAAUAAAGCCAGCACUAUCUGAGAGUGAACCUACUAGACACAUGUCAGCUGAAAUUUCUGUCUCUAAUAACUCAGUAGUCCAACAUAGUGGACAACCAGUUAUUGUUCGUCCUAUGCAUUUGUUACCUGUAUUACCUCCGGUGCAGAAGAAGGUAGAAACUCGUGAGAAGAACGGAGGAGUACUUGCUGUUAACCCUUCCCAAUCUCUCCCUGUAUAUCCUUGGCAAUCUCUGGUUCCUAUUCUUACGACAACUUCAAGCAGUCAGUCUCCAUUGCCUCCAUCUUUGUCACCACCCCUAUCUGCUCCUCCAAUUACAAAUGUACCUGACUCGGGCGGAGGCAGCGAUCGUGAGUUGAAGACAAGUGAUGAUCUAGAAAAUCUAGAUGGAGAAGGUGUGGAUAUUAUUCCCACUGGUGAGGAUGAUGAUGAUGUAUUUGAACCAGAGACACCCACAGAAGUGGGACCUUUGAUAGAGCCAGUAGCCAUCUCAGCUGCCGGCAAACGACGCACCCAGUCGUUAGGUUCCUUGCAGUCCAGCAAAGAACCUCAAAGCCCCCAAAAGGUAAAAGAAAGGGAUAGAAUUCGACGACCUAUGAAUGCUUUUAUGAUAUUUAGCAAAAGGCACAGAGCAUUAGUGCAUCAGCGGCAUCCUAACCAGGACAAUCGAACGGUUUCUAAAAUACUGGGUGAAUGGUGGUAUGCUCUCGGUCCUGAGGAGAAGCAGAAAUAUCAUGAACUUGCGUCUGAGGUAAAGGAAGCUCAUUUUAAAGCUCAUCCAGAUUGGAAGUGGUGCAGCAAAGAUCGCCGAAAAUCUUCCACUAGUUCAAUGAAAGGAGAACCUAGAGGGAAGUUGGGAUCUGUUGAUGAAUCUCCAGAUGCAGUACCAACUUCUGGAAGCAUGGAGGUGGGAUUGCCAAGUCCUGGAGCUGGACUUGCUGGCAGUCAGGUGCCAACCACUGGAGCAAAUAUCUGUAAUGAAAGCUCAGCUAACCAGGGGGAGGUGUGCAACAAAGAAAUUGCGGAUCCACAAGGUGCAGCCUCUGAAGUGCCAGUGGCCGAGCCUGAGCAGCCAAGCGGAGGGGAGCGAGGUGCUGCAGGGGCAGGCCAUGAGGAGGAGUUUUCGGAUGAGGACCAGAUGGUGAUCUGUGAGGAUGCGCCUCCAGAAAUUGACCUCAAGUGCAAGGAGAAGGUAACCGAGUCUGACUCAGAGUCGCAGAGUGAUAUGGAGCCAUUGAUUGAAAACAAGGCAUUCCCACAGCAGAGGUUCAGCCCAGUGUCCGGGAUCAAGUCAAGUUCUGGAGAUGUCACUUGCCGGCCCAAACCCAUAAAAGCAAGAUUACCAUCUAGUAGUAUGGAAGGUACAGGAAAAUAUCAUAAUAGUAAUGGAGAUAAAGCAGGACCUGGUGGUGUUGUUCUAUACCCAUAUCAUUCACCAGUUAAUCCGAUGGGCAUAACUGGCUUCCAACCCACUGGAGGGGGUGCUUUUAAAUCAAUGCCCGUUUCCCCUAAAGUUGUGAAACCAAGCAUAGAACAGCAAAUGAAUAAAUCCAAUGACAAUUCUUCAGAAAGAGUGCUUAAUGUCUCUAGCACAUGGGGUGGUAGUGUUGUGACUUCAGUUAGUAGUUUUACCACUAAGACUUUGGAUACCAAGCCAGCAGCUUUGAACAUAGUUACUUCAGCUUCAUGCCAGAGCCAAAACAUGGAAAAUGGACGCCAUUGGCCUCGGUCUACAGCUGUGGUCAUUUCUCAGACACAGAGAAAACCAGGAACAGUGACUAUAUACCAGCAACAGACUCCCCAAAGGUUUGAAAACAACGGAAUUCAUCCAGGAGUCAAUGUGCCAAUGUCCCAAGGGGCAGUCACGUCAACUUACCAGACACCCCUCACUUUGACAUUUUUAACUCCAUCAACAUUAACUACUCCCACUGCAACUUUGAGUCUUGCAGAUUCACACCUUUUACUCAAGACAGAACGCAUAAAUGUGGAAGUCGAAUCACCCGUUGUAAGCCAGCAAACAUCAACAGUACCUUCCACAAGUUCUAUUCACACUCUCUCAUCUGAAUCCAUGCAUUAUGUGGUGCCAUCAGUAAGUUAUUCAGAUAAUAGUCAUAACCCUGGUACACAACAGAAGACAGUAGAUGUGCCAACAGUAAUUGUAAACAAGUCCUAUGCAGAUUUCACAGGAGGAUACAACCCAAAUACUGUUCAAAACAGUGCAUACAAUUCAAAUGAGACUAACAAUCAAGCACAACGUCAUACCGAUAGAAAUGAUAGUUUGGCAGAUCAAAGUAACAACGAGAGGCUUCCUCCUCAUACCGGAGCUAAUAGUAAUUCCCAUUAUUACACAGGUGUAAUGAACUGCAAAAUAGAAGAACAAAAUACAGAGAAAGGGAAAAAUAUUUUGAACAUGCCCAAUGAGACUGUGACACGAUCUACUGAAACCUCAGCUAUUUUGAGAGAACAUCAUUCCAAUUCUCUGCCUUCACCAUCUGUAACAAGUUUUCAUGACAAGAUGUCAUCUGAUGUUAGCUGCAAAUCCAGGUCACCACCAAGAAAUGAAGGCUUUUCAGUAAUAGAAAAUUUAAAUCAAUCACCUCAGAGUAACUCUCAGCCAGAAGAAAAUACACCAUUUGUUCUUGCCCCAACACCUGCCCAGCUGGGAAGAGCACCUUUGCAAAGAAGACAGUCAAUGGCUGUGUCAUCCAGCGUAAUAAGUUCUGUAUCGGACAGUAUUGUGUCCAGUCAAUCUGGUGGAAAUACCAGCAAUUCUGCAGUCUGUAUGGAAGAGGUUCGAGCAGAUGGUUCUACCAACACCACCCCACUCGGUCCUCCUUCAGCAACCGUACCUUCAUCUCCUUCCACAAAGAAGAGCUUUUUCAAAAAGAAUAUCGAAGAUGGAAUGGAUCGUGUUCUUGAGACAGUAAAUUUCCAGAAAAAGUUUUCUUCACUUCCAGAAUUUAAUCCACAAGGUUGUCAGUCUCCAAGUGCAAUUUCUGUUCCUUCAAGCCCAGGAAUGUUUGUCAAUAGUUAUCGCAAGAAACAACAACGCCCAGGUGCUGAAGAAAAUCCAGAAGUGGAGUCUGGCUCUGUGACCCAGACUCCUAAAUCUACCAACAAACUCAUUGGUAACACAUUUUUUGGUCCUGACUUCAACCUGGAAGCAUAUCGAGGUGGAGAAUUGGGAGAAAGCGGAGAAGCCAGUUCCCCACGUACUCCAAAAACUCCUGGUGGCAAAGAUUCUGAGAAAGGACACAGGCGUAUGCUGGAACAACGCCGUCAACUUGUCAUGCAGUUAUUUCAUGAGCAAGGUUGCUUCUUCCCUUCAACACAAGCCACAUCUGCUUUCCAGGCACUCCAUAAUGAUGUGUUUCCCAAUAAAUCAAGCUUGCAGUUGAAAAUUAGGGAAGUGCGACAAAAAGUGAUGGCACAGCAGAACAGCCAAACUCCCAUGACUCCUAGUAGCAUAUCCAGUCCCAUGGCAUCAAGCACUGAAUCAGCUGCCACAACUCCAGGUUCUACUAUGACACAUACUCCAACAAACCCUGUGUCAAUGCCUGCAGCAUCAAGCAGCUAGUUUGAAGAGUUGGGGCAGCCCUACCAUAAUGGGACCAAAAACAGUGAGCAGAACCAGUGCCCUCACUAUAGUAAAUUGUAUGUGAUCUUUACAUUGUAGAGCAGGAACUAUUUAGGAUAGAUAGGGUGAAAAUGUUCUUUAGACAUACAUUGGGAAACAGAAUGGGUAUUAUUUGGGGCAGUAAGUAUCAAUGUUGAAAGUGCAUUGAUUGUACUUGGCUGUGCAAAACUGAUGCUGUUCAUUGUUUGACAAAUUUGGAAAAGCACAACAUAGCACAUUAGGAUUCUUUUUCCAGUAUUGUGUGCUUCCAAACAUUGUAAUGACUGUCCCCUAGAACUGGGAAUGUGCAAUCGUGUGUCUCACUCUGUUACGAGUGGAUUCAUUGUGUGAAUAUUCAGGUGCAACAUGUUACUGUGCUGUGCAAUAUCCUGAAUAUUGAUUGAGAUGUGCAGUUUUUAUUGAGAAUGAAUGGGGUGAGACAAACUUCCUCAAGGUGCACAGGUUAGUUUAGAAUUGUAUAAAGAUGGUAAGAUAUUAACAACUCUCCAGUAGAAAAUAUUGGUUGUUUAGUAUGAUAUUGUUUCAAGACUGAAGAGAUGAGUGUGGUACAGUAUUGAGAAAACUUGAAUGUGCCAGUACAUUUCAUCUAAAGUGGUUUUUAAUCCCCUUGUACAAAUCUAUUACCUAGAUCAUUUCUUAGCCAAUAGAUUACCAGUAAUAGAUUGCUAGGUGUCAGUAUUGUGAUUAAAGUGUGUGUCUUAUCUGUAUCAUUCCAUAGCUGUUAGAACUGACUUAAAGGUGUCCUUAAAAGAUAAAUAAUUUUUCAUAAAUUCAAUGAUUCAGUAAUAUUCAGUGAUUUCAUUUUAGAGUACUUUUUAUCUUUUGAAAAUAAUUUUGAGAAAUAAGUUGCAUUUCUAUCACAAGUGAUAUAGUUUUGUUACUUAACAUGAUUCAUUAUAAUAGGAAUACUACGAACAUACAUUCUUUUUUGUAGUAUUUCUUAAUUUUCUAGUUUUGUAUUUGCAAAACUGUUACUCUUUAGUUGAAAUGUUGUUUAAUUUGAAAAUAAUUUUUCUGAUAUCUUAUUUAUUAUAAGAAUAAAACUUUCUGUAUAUUAUAAACAUAACCACUGGUUAACAUGUGUUGAAGGUUCACAUGAAGUUUUGUUACAAAAUAAAAUUUGUCAGCACACGUCCUCUUAUUAGUACAUCAUAAACUUUUUAUUUUAUUUCUUUAAAUUUUAUUUCUUAUUUUAAUAUUUGAAAUUGAACCUAGUACAUCUGGACACUGGUAAUCUGGCCAUAGUUUCUUUUAUAUUAUUUUAAAUUGCCAAUUGGAUUGUUGUGUUCUCUUGAACUAAAUGAAAUAUUUAAUUUGAAAAUGAUUGAUGUUUUUAAGUCAUAUUUUAGGGUACCUGCUUACAACUUUACUAAUCACUUAGUAAAAUACUUUAUUGUGAAUAACUGAUCAAUUUAAGAUCAAUUUUUAGUAUGUUUGUUUUUAAUUUUCUAUAUCAGUUUUGCAGGACCUUCAUAUUCUCAUGUAAAAAUGUAAGCUAGUGAAAAAUCCUUUUAUAUUCUUAAAUAGAUAUAUUUGCAUUGUUAUUUCUAGUACAUAAAUGUUAUAUAUAAAUACUAUAUAUAUUGUCGUGAGGAUAUUGUUGUCUUGUUGGAUGUGUAUAGUUAAACUUUUUAAAAUUUUUUUGUUCAUUGUUACAGUAGAUUAAUUAAAGUGUAUUUGUCAACCUUCCCAUGUUAUCUUGAUGGAUCUCCACAAUUCAAAUGAGUCCACAUUUUAAAAUUGUACUUUAUUUUUCAAUGUAAUAUUUUGUAAAUUUAACCAUAUGGUAGAUAUAUGGUAAUACUGGCAAAUUGAUGCCCUGUAAGAAGUGUAGAUAUAUUAUUAUAAUUAUUAUUAUUGAAUGGCUAUUUUGUAAAUUUUAACUAGUUGUUGAAAUAAUGGAGUUUUUAUUGAAGGAGGAACAGUGCAAUCUUAGGUACUGCCUGCAAUGAGAGUGAUUUAUAUUUAUUUAGAAACAAAUAGUAGUCCAAAAUUAUAUUUAUUGUAAUCAUAAUUGUCAUAUUUCUGAUGGCAUUAGAGAGAUUUGUCAGUAGGAAACUGAUGAUAUGUCCAAAGUUGUAACUAUAGAUUGUGUAUUCUGCAGCAUUGAAAUGAAGAGUUCUAAAUUUUGACAAUGGUAAUGCUCGUUGCCUACCAAUUUUUUAUGAAAUGUUGGACUUUUUAAAAAAGAAUGUUUGUUGCAAAAGGUGUGUAUUAGAAAAUAAUUAUUUCUCUGAAUAGAUGCUAUCUACAUUGGCAUGUUACAGUUUUCUAUUGACCUUUUAUUAUAAUUAUUAUUAUUAUCAUAAUAGUGUGCAAUCAGAUGAAAUGGACAAUCUUUAGUACUCUUAAAUAGUUUGAAUUGCAAGCCAACAAUAGUGUAUUUUUGAAAUAAACACAGAUCAUUGAUUGGAAGUAAUGAAUUAGCACUCCUUGUAGUAGAAUAUAAAUAAUGCACGCCCAAAAUAUGUUGCACAAAAAAAUCUUUGCUGGGCCUCAUCUAAUAAUUACAUUUUUUAUCUAGUAAUUACAUAAUAAUAAAAACGUGUAAUCUUUGCACGAUCAUGUGAUCAAUUAUGUUGUAGAAAUAUUCAGAUUAUUUUGGAAGUGAUGUAAAGGUAUUAUUUAUCUUCUGCAGUUCAUUUGUGUUCAUUGUGAGCAUAUGUGGUGAUUCUACUUAUAGGUCUGAAAGGAAUUUUGAAAAAUGAAAUCAAUAUAUUUAUUCUAUGAUAUUAAUACAAGUGAAGAAACAAUUAAUUUCAGCUAUUAUUGGCCUACUUUUUCAGCAUAUUUGGAACACUUUGAUAUUCAUAUACACUGAAAUUAAAUUACGUGGGGCAAAAGAAUCGAAAAUUCGUUGAUGUAAAGAGUUAUAACAAGUAUUUAUAAAUAUACAAUAUUAUUAUUGAAAUGUGUAUCAGUCCAUUGUAUUUAUAUGCCUGUCUUGCUCAGAUAGGCAAUAUUCCAACACGUCUCUGCUUUGGAAAUGGUUGUGAAAGAGAUAUUGUCAUUCCAAGGAUUCAUAGUAUGUCUGUUUGUUUGUGCCAUGGAUGAACAUAUACACAGAGGUAGGUAAAUAUGUGUGCAUAUUGCAAAAUGUUGGAUUAUCCUGUGGCUUCCCUAUUUCAUAUAUGUUUUAUUAAAAAAUCACAAAGGGAAUUUCACAUUAAGUUUUAAGAACUUCAUUUGAAUAAUGCAUCAAAUAGGGAGCCUGGAAGUAUCAUAUUGUAUUCCCAGAAGACACACCUUCAUAUACUGUUAUGUAUCCUUAAUUGGAUCAGCUGGGGUGAGAAAAAACACUUUGAAUGAUAAAAAAAUUGAAAUACGUUUUUGACCAUUUGUAAAUAACCAGGCUCUCUAAUUGUAAUAAAAAGGUUAGUGUUUCAAAAGGAAGGUGCCAAUAGUGUCCAACACACUUUUUAAAAUUUAAGGUUAUGAAAUUGCUGCAAGAAAAUAGAAUCGAUACUUUCCUUGAUCCAGUAAAGCAGUGUUGAAUUUGUAUCAAUUAUUUUCAAAUCUUGUGCAUUGGCCACAACUGUUGACUAGUCAGAUUACAAAGUUCAAUGUUUUAAGACUGGGAGAAAAUGGGAUUAAUGUAAAAGCUACUAUCACCGUAACGGUAAAGUAAGAUUUUGAUUGUGAAGUUAAUGGUGAGGGAGAGGGGAAUGAAACAGUUGAGCAUUGAUUUAUAAGAUUUCAAUAAAGUACAUAAUCUUAACUUUUGUCGAAUUUUAAUUAAUAGCUGGCAUUGGCCUUCACCACCUAAAACAGGGGGGGGGGG